AAAUGCGUGGCUCACAUUAAUGGCCGCCAGUGUCCCUCUCGGUGCUUUGUGUGUAAUUUUACUAAUUUUCUUCCCGAAAUGCGUUUAAUCAAUUAAAAACCGCGUCCGUGUAAAGUUUCGAUGAUGGUCUUGGACCAUACGGUGUGUAGUGACGCUCGACCACAGGCAAAGACUGUAUCCAGACGCGAAAGACGUUUCUCCAGAAAGCAGCAGCAGCAGAAAGCUUCAAAGAGAUUUGAAGCUUUCGAGGCCGCGUUCAUGGAACUAUGAACCUUGAUUCGUUGUCCCUAGCAUUGUCACAAAUCGGUUAUUUAAUCGUAACUUUAACCAAAAAGAACUACAAGCAAGUGGUGGAAGAACUAGUUAAGAUAGUCAACCUACACGGCUUGGAGGCAGACCGUCAUUUGUUCCAAUGCCUGUACACCUCGGUGAACUUCACUGAGAGCAACAGCAAAGCAGCGCAGGCCCUCCAGGAGCAAUUCGCCCGGUUGCUCAACACCCCCGCCCUUCUCACCAUCAUCUGCUACAUCACCAACCAUCCUUUGGUAAACGAGAAAAACCUCAAAUUAGGCCCCCAGUUCUUCUCCCAAUUCAGCAAGUGUCUCAGGCUAACCCCGGUCAAAGAAGUGAUUAUCGCUUUGGUCUUAAGACACUCGUCGAUACCGGAGGUCGCCAGUGUCGCCCACAAUCACUUGAGAACAGUCGUACCGCAGCUGGUGCGUUCUUAUAUCGAAACAGGGGGCGCCAGUCAUCAGUACGAGGGCGGGUUGCACGAGACCAGCCCGGAAUUGUUACAUUUGAUCGUUUCGUCGAUAUUGGAAGUGCCCAAGGAGGUCGGCCUGACCAACGACGUCCACACGACAUUUCUCAACACUUUACAGAAGGACUUUCCCAUUGAGCGAGUUCCAGUGGUGCUCGCCCCCUUGGUUUAUCCAGAACAGUGCGAGUUGUUUUCUGAAAUGACUUCCGAGGGACCAGGUUUAUCUUCGGGUAUGUUGGAUACCCCACUGGCUGAUUUAGUUAAGGAGUUGGGUUAUGGGUUCACUGCCUCGCUGGAGGAGUGCAGAAAUUCCAUAGUAAAGUUAGGCGGAAGGGACAUUGCCCCUUCAACAGUCGCCAGAGUGUUGGCAGUGAUGUGUCGCACUCAUACUGGCUUGGAUGAUUCUAUUGGCAGCUUCAAAUCGCCGGAGGUCCGCACCUCCUGGAACAUCGAGGUAUUCGUUCAAUCGCUAAAAGAAGUCUCGCCAUCCCUGCAAUGGAACAACGUGGUGGCCGAACUGGACCACCCGGAAUUCAUCAUCAAGGACCGCCAGGGGCUGAUCAUCCUGAUCACCGCCCUCAGGCAAGGACUACAGUCCCUAGGCUUCCAUCCAGAUACGUUCCCGGUGGACCAGUUCUACAAGCGUUGGGGCAACGUCGAGGGCCAAUUCAGUCUCCUACAGCAAAUCCUGAAGAACCCGGACGUGUUUUGCUUCGGUGACUACCCCUGUGUCUUGGUGGCGGUGGACGUGCUGAAAACACCCCCGGAACACGACAGCAAGGAACUGUCCAACUGGCGCAGCUUGAACCUGAUCGAGUUGCUCCUGACCAUGUCCGAGUUCGGGCUGUACGGCUCGAUUCAGGAAUUGUUUAAGGUGCCGGUGCACAGUUACCCGGACGUGUUGGUGCUCGCGCUCCUGCAGAUCUCCGGGCCGGUUACGUUACUCAGACAGGAACUGUUGACCAAUUUGAUCCCAAUUUUCUUGGGGAAUCACCCGAACUCGGGGAUCUUGUUGCAUCACGCGUGGCACACGCAGAACAUCAACGUGAAGCCGGUGAUCAUGCACGCGAUGUCCGAGUGGUACACGAGGGGGGAUUGUGAUCAGACUAGGUUAUCGCGGAUCCUGGACGUAGCCCAAGAUUUGAAAGCCCUCUCGAUGCUCCUGAACGCACAAUCGGCCCAAUCUUACCCGUUCAUCAUAGAUCUGGCCUGCUUGGCCUCCCGCAGGGAAUACCUCAAACUGGAAAAGUGGCUUUCCGAUAAAAUCGGCGAACACGGCGAGGGGUUCAUCUCUGCCAUUGUUAAGUUCCUGCAUAGGAGGUGCCCGCCCAUGGGAAAGGAGGAUCCUUUAACCAAACCGGUACCGCUCCCAAUCGAAACCCUGACCACCCUGAUCGUCUGUCUGCAACGGUGCGUCACGAACGUCAGUCCGGAGUGUCACGACGCGAUCCUCAGUGUCAUCAACAAUUGUUCCAUGGUGUUAAAGACGCGACAACAACAGCAGCAGCAGCAGCAGCAACAACAACAACAGAACAGCGGAAACGCGCUGAUGAGGAACCGUCCGGGUCUGGACGCCGGUUUGAAUCCGUCGCUGUUCGCGGGACAGUUGUAUGGACACGCCGGAGUCGACCAGUUGGCCAAUUUGGGCACCAAUUUGUCCAAUAUGACUUUGGCCGGUCCGAACAACACGUUUAACUUGCAAGGAGGGUUGGGCCCUCUGGUUCCCACCCCCGGCUCCCCAUCGAGAUUAAUGAGCGGGGCUUCAAACAGCCCCUUCCCGAUCAUCCCUAUGCAGCACCAGGGCGCGGUCGGUACCAGUACCUCGUUGGUUCUGGGGGUGAAUCAGAUGGGAAACUUAUCCCGGAUCGGCCAACCGAGCGGCAUGGAAAAGGCCCGAGUGUUGGACUACACGGUGAUGCUCGAAGCCCAAACUCACAUUUCCAAAGAGAUCGAAGACGAGGCGAACAACUACUUCCAACGGAUCUACAACCAUCCCCCGAACCCGACCCUGUCCAUCGACGAGGUCCUCAACAUGCUAAAACGCUUCCAGGACUCUUCCAGCAAACGGGAGAAGGAGGUGUUCAAUUGCAUGCUACGCAGUCUGUUCGAGGAAUACAAGUUCUUCCCUCAGUACCCGGACAAGGAGCUGCACAUCACCGCGCAACUUUUCGGCGGCAUCAUCGAGCGGGGCAUUUACGCGAAUUACGUCACGCUGGGGAUGGCGCUCAGGUGCGUCCUGGACGCCCUGAAGAAGCCCGAGGGAUCGAAAAUGUAUUAUUUCGGUAUCGCCGCUUUGGACCGGUUCAAGAGCAGGCUGAAGGAGUACCACAAGUACUGUGAGCACGUCAGGGGAAUUCCACAUUUUACCGACUUCCCGCAACACCUACAAGAAUACGUCGAAUACGGUCUGCAGUCGAUGGAACCGCCCACAAAACCGGAGGGCCCCGUACUCCCCGCCAGUCUGGCGGCCAUGUUGGCCCCUCAGAACGCGAACGUGGCCGCGCAGGCCUACAAAGGGGCCUCGACCGUCGGCAGCAACGUGUCGAGCAAAACGAACCCGACGCCCGCGAGCACUUUGGGCAGUCGCCCCUCGAUCGCGAACGCGACCAACAUCGACACCCUGCUGGUGGCCACCGAGAAGGAGGAGAAAACGAUCGCGCCCCCCGAAGCCCUACAGGACAAGAUCGCGUUCAUUUUCAACAAUUUGAGUCAGCUGAACCUGAAGACGAAGUGCGAAGAGUUGAGGGAUCUGAUCGCGGAGGACUUUUACCCGUGGCUGUCGCAGUAUCUGGUGAUGAAACGGGCCUCGAUCGAGGUGAAUUUCCACAAUUUGUACUCGAAUUGUUUGGACACGUUGAGUAUGCCCGAGUUAUGCAAGUUGGUCGUUAAGGAGACGUUUAGAAACAUCAGAGUCCUGUUGAGGUCUGACAAAGGAAUAGCCAACUUCUCAGAUCGGUCUUUGCUGAAGAACCUUGGCCAUUGGUUAGGAAUGCUCACGCUGAGCCGCAACAAGCCGAUCCUACAGGUCGAAUUGGACAUGAAAUCGUUGCUCGUCGAGGCCUACCACAAGGGCCAGCUCGAGCUUCAUUACGUCGUCCCAUUCGUGGCCAAGGUGUUGGAGUCUUGCGCGAAAAGUAAAGUGUUCAAGCCGCCAAACCCCUGGACCAUGGCCCUGAUGAACGUGCUCGCCGAGUUACAUUCCGAGCCGGAUCUCAAGUUGACCCUGAAGUUCGAAAUCGAGGUUUUGUGCAAGAACCUCGAUAUCGACGUCGCCCAAUUGAAACCGGCCAUUUACCUGAAAGACCCGGAGAGGAUCCGGAAGAUCGAGUUUCAACUGUCGCAGCCGUUGAAGAAGGAGGUGGCGGCGUCCAGCGGCCAGCAGAGUAACGCGAACAUGCCCGAACCGGAGCUGGCCAACAUGAUCGUUGUGGGACAGGGCGGCGGUUCACCUGUAAUGCAGAACGUGGACCCGUCGGCGAACGCGUCGCAAACGGUCACCCCCGCGCCCCGUUUCAGCUACCACGAGAUCAACGGGCUGCAGUCGCUCCAGGUGCACACGGUGGUGCCGCAGGGCGCGGUCCUCUUCCAGACGCAGCCCCAACUGAAGGCGACCGUCAAGACGGCGAUCGAGCGCGCGAUCCAAGAGUGGCUCGCGCCCAUCCUGGACCGCUCGAUUAAAAUCGCCGUUCAAACGUGCGAUCAGAUCAUCCGCAAAGAUUUCGCUUUGGAGCCGGACGACGAACGCAUGCGGUUGGCUUCGCAUUAUAUGGUACGAAACCUGACCUCCGGCAUGGCGAUGAUCACCUGCCGCGAUCAGCUGCUGGCCGCGAUCGCCACCCACGUGAAACAAAUACUGACUAGCAACUUGAUCACGCCGAGCGUGCAACAGAAAGAGUUGAUCGAGCAAGCGGCCAACCUCGUCGCUCAGGAAAAUGUCGAGUUGGCGUGUGCGAUCGUGCAAAAAAUGGCCAUCGAGAAGGCGAUUCCCGAGAUCGACAAACGGUUAAACGGCGAAUACGAGCUGAGACGGAUGGCCCGUAAGGACGGCAGGCUGGAUUUCGAUGCGUACAGGGGCUACUGCGACGCCCUCUCGACCAACUACCACCUGGAGCGCAUGCCCGAGCCGAUCCGCCUCAAAAUGGGCGGCCUCACGCCCGCCCAAAUGGCCGUCUACGAGGAAUUCGCGCGCAACAUCCCGGGGUUUGUGCGCAACGACCGCGACACCUCGGCCAUGAUGGCGCAGACCGCGUCGAUGAGCGGCGCGGCGGCCGCCGCUUUGGACCCAGUCGCGGCAGCCGCCCUUCCGCACGUGCAACCGCCCAUCGCGGCCGCCUCCGUUUCCGCCACCGCCGCCGCCGCCCCCUCCUUCCCGCCCAUCACGGCGCAGUCCGUCCUCGCAAACGACGAGAUCUCGUUAGUGUUCGACAAGUGUAUCGGGGAGGUGGAGCAGUUCGCGCAGCUGACGAGCGCGCAGGCGCAGUACAGUCACAUGAACGCGGCGAUGCUGCGUAUCCGCGAGUGUUUCCUGCACCUGAUGCGCAACCGGGCCGAGGUUGCGCAGCAGGUCAGUCCGCCGCAGAUGUUGGUGCAGAAGUGCGUCGAGGCGCUGCAAGAUUGUCUGGUCGGGGGCACCGGGGACGGCGAUUCGGUGGUUUUGCGGUUCAAGGAGGUGAUUGUGAAGAUUUUGAAGACCGUGCAGGCAAUUAUCAACCAGCAAUGGGUGAGCAAACUCGUAACCCGCUACCUGACCGAGUGCCGGGACGAGCAACGUUACAACCUGGAAGCGGUCGACACCCUGAUCAAGACCGGUUUGGUCAACAUGCCGCAGUACGACGUCAGUUUGGCCCAAUGUCUCGAAAACGGCCUGAACUACUUGGGGAUCAGUUUCGCGAUGCAACUGGUCGAUCUUUACUUGAUCAACGACCGAUCCGGACAAUUCGUCAACGAGAACGACCUGUGCAACACGGUCGACGUCCUGGCUAAGAUCCAGACGCACACCAGGCCGCCGCCGGAAGGUCUGAACAGCAUGAUCGACCUGCUCAGGCAGAACCAGGAGAAUUCGAUGUUUUUGGAUCGGAUGCCUGCCGGACCCACGGUUCAUAUUCAUACUGGCAUUUUGCAGGUGCGCUCAUUGACCUACGAAGACCCACCGGGCCUGGUCGAAAAAACCGACUACCUCCUACGCGAGUGGAUCUCCAUCCACAACUCACAACAGGGCCGAGACUCUACGAAAUCCUUCAGCAUGUUCGUGCACCAGCUGAACCUCCACGGCAUCUUCAAAACCGACGAUCUGAUCUCCCGCUUCUUCCGACUGAGCACCCAAUUGUGCGUCGAGAACGUUUAUCGUGCCCUCGCCGACAAAUCGAACCCGAACAGCGGAUUGUUGAGGUCGAAGUGUUACCACACCCUGGACGCGUUCGUGCGUUUGAUCGCACUUUUGGUGAAACAUUCGGGAGAUUCGAGUAACACGACGACGAAGGUGCAACUGUUGAACAAAGUGUUGGGCAUCGUGGCCGGUUGUCUGCUACAGGACCACGACAAUCGCGGCACCGAGUUCCAUCAGAUGCCGUACCAGAGGAUCUUCACGAUGUUGUUCUUGGAGUUGAAUGCUCCUGAGCCGGUCCUGGAGGCGAUCAAUUUCCAUGUGUUGAACGCGUACUGUCACACGUUUCACAUUUUGAGGCCGUCCAAGUUUGCCGCCGGGUUUUGUUACGCCUGGCUCGAGCUGAUCUCGCAUAGGGUGUUUAUCGGUCGCAUGUUAGCCACGACACCGCAACAAAAAUGUUGGCCGUUAUACGCGCAGUUGCUGGUCGACCUCUUCAAAUACCUCGCGCCCUUCUUACGUAACGCGGAACUCGCCAAACCGGUUACGAUGCUUUACAAGGGCACCCUCAGGGUCCUGCUGGUGCUCCUGCACGAUUUCCCCGAGUUCCUGUGCGAUUACUACUACGGAUUUUGCGACGUCAUACCGCCGAACUGCAUCCAGAUGCGAAACCUGAUCUUGUCUGCUUUUCCGCGCACGAUGCGACUACCGGACCCGUUCAUACCCAACUUGAAGGUGGAUAUGUUGCCAGAAAUCUCAUACGCCCCCAGAAUCUUGACGAACAUCUCGAUGAUGAUCACACCACAGACCUUUAAGCGGGCACUGGACUCUUAUUUGAAGGAACGCGCCCCUGUUACUUUCUUGUCCGAGCUAAGGAGCAACUUGCAGGUGUCCAAUGAGCCGGGGGUGCGCUACAACAUCCCCCUGAUGAACGCCCUCGUUUUGUACGUCGGCACUUUGGCCAUCGCCCAUAUUAGGAAUAAGGGCCACACCCCGAGCAUGUCGACGAUAGCGCACAGCGCCCACAUGGACAUCUUCCAGAACCUGACUGUGGACCUGGACACCGAGGGACGCUACCUGUUCUUCAACGCGAUGGCCAAUCAGCUUCGGUACCCCAACAGUCACACGCACUAUUUCUCCUGCACGUUCCUCUACCUCUUUGCGGAAGCGAAUACGGAAGUGAUUCAGGAGCAGAUCACGCGGGUUCUGCUCGAGAGACUGAUCGUGAACCGUCCGCACCCCUGGGGGCUGCUCAUCACCUUCAUCGAGCUGAUCAAGAACCCGACGUACAAGUUCUGGCAGCACCAGUUCGUCCAUUGCGCCCCCGAGAUCGAGAAGUUGUUCGAAUCCGUAGCGAGAUCGUGCUUCGUGAAAACGUCCCCACAGCAAGAGGGGGAGAUACAAGAGUGAAGUUUUAUGUUUCCGGACCCGUUCGAUUGUGUAAAAUUCGUAGUUUAAUUAUUAUAAUCAUUAUAAUUAAAGCGGUGACUGCGUUGUUUAUUGCAAACUGUACAAUUGAAUUUAGUUUAUUGGCGUAAGUUAGUUUGAUUAUUUGAACGAGUUUGUUUAUUAGUUUGUACAUGAUAAUUAUUUAAUAAAUAUUGGUUCAUUUGCUA